AUGAGAUUGAGCAUCCGCCCGGGAAUCACCCGGGUCGGGAAUGUGCAGCUACACGAGAUGUCUUCUGUCUCCGAAAUGGAUGCGGGCGGUCAAGAUACUUCAGGAGAUGGCACGGAUAACCCACCUGCUGAUCAGGAGAACAUUGCCAUCUCCCCAGAUUCAAUCAAAAGCGUCGAACGCGACCUCGCCAUCGUAGUUCCCUGCAUGGAUGAAGACAUCACAGUUCUCGAAGGUCUUCUUCGUGGUAUUCCACAUAGCUGUUGUGUCAUCUUCAUCUCGAAUAGCAACCAAACAAACUACAAAACGGAGUGCGAGUCGUUGGUCAAAUUCGGAAAGAUAGCGUCUCGGCCAGUUGUCGUACAUCAUCAAGGUGAGGCAACCUUCGCUCGCGCCUUCCAGGAAGCCGGUAUGCCAGAGCUAUUGCAAACCCCAGGAAUAGGUAUACCUGAGGGAGAAGAACAUUUUCCGCGCCUGAACAACGGAAAAGGUGAGGCUAUAAUACUUGGUGUGAUCAUCGCAAAGCUUGUUGAGCGCAAGUUCGUUGGCUUUAUUGACGCUGACAACCGAAUACCUGGAUCUGUCCUAGAGUACUGCAAAGUAUACGCCGCUGGAUUACAUUACGCAUUGUAUCACAACAAAAUCACCGGACAAGAUGAGCAUGCGACGGUGCGGAUCAAGUGGAAGUCGAAGCCAAAAGUCAGGAACGGUGAGCUAGUAUUUGAAGAGUUUGGACGUUCCUCGCGUGUCGUGAAUGAAUGGAUGAACCGCCUCCUGAAAGUCCUUGGGGGUGACGCUACCCCAGAAACCAUGAUCGGGACCGGUAACGCCGGUGAACACGCUAUGGAUGUUGACCUUGCGCUCAAGCUCCGAUUUGCUACCGGUUAUGCUGUCGAGCCAUUCCAGUUGAUCGACUUGUGGGAACGUUAUGGAGUUUCAAACGAUCCAUCUUCAAGACUAAUGCGGAUCUUGCAGAUCGAAACAUGCAAUCCACACAUCCACAGCGCUAACCGACUUACUGGACAUAUUCCGCGCAUGCAGGUUCAGGGCCUGAGCACAAUAUACCACUCACCGCUUGUACCCUCGCGUCUUAGAGACGAACUUCGUGAGUACAUGAGAGACAACUUGGCCUCGGUAGUGGAUAGUACCGGUCAACCCGCACCACUUCGCAUAUACCGUCCACUCAGCUCUUUAGAUUGGAGAAUAUUCGCAAGGGUCGGUUCAGGAAAGCAGGAUUCUCAUAAGGACAAGGUCGGACACCUAGGUAGCAGCGAAGUUGUAGGCGACGCAGACACAGCUAAUUUCACUCAUUGCAUUACUCUGUAAUGUGUUGAGAUAGCGAAUAAUGCCUUCAUGGUGACUACCAAUUGACAAACGGGACGUUUCUGGAUCUUCACUAGCAGCUUCACCCUACAUAGCUGUCACUGCCGCCAAGACCGACAUCCUCGACAUGAAACCUGAC